AUGUCGUUUCAAAACAUUUCCAGACAAGCCAUCACUGAAUUUGUCUUCAAAGGAUUUGACACAGUGCAAAGUCCACUGGUUGUUGGUGUUGUAAUGCUGAUACUGUACAUUCUUGUUAUGAUUACUAACACUGCUAAUAUAUGCUUCAUUGUUAUGGAUAAACGUUUGCACCAGCAAAUGUAUCUGUUUAUCUGUAAUUUAGCACUUGUAGACAUAGUCUUCUGUACCAGUGCAUGCCCAACCAUGAUAGGUGUCCUUGUAGUUAGACAUAAUUCCAUAUCUUAUGCACCCUGCAUUGUUCAAAUGUUUCUAUUCUAUUUCUGUAGUUUGAUGGAAGCGUUUGCUAUUUCGGUCAUGGCAUUUGACCGUUUUAUUGCUAUAAGCACUCCUUUACGGUACCAUUCUAUUCUGACAAAUGUGCGUUGUGUUCUGAUCUCUAUUGUACUGUGGUUGGCAGGUUCUGCAAUUAUGGCAGUGCUUCCUGCUACUGUUGUCCCUCUUCAAGUCUGUUACUCAACUGUGAAGUACAUGUUUUGUGACUAUGCAUCUGUUAUCAGGGCAACUUGUGUUGAUCCUGAACCAUAUUUUAAUAUGUUAUCAAUUUUAACGUCGGUUCUCAUUUUUGGAAUGUUCAGUUUCAUCUGCCUGUCCUAUAUAAAGAUUGUUAUUGUUGUUGCGAGAAUGACUUCAAAGAGUGACAAGAAAAAAGCAUUUAAUACCUGCUUUAGUCACUUGAUAGUCGUAAUCUGCUUCUAUGCACCCACAUUCAUACGAACAGUGCUGACCAGGAUUGGUGUAGUUUUAACAAUGGAGGAACGAAAUGGGCUGAUAGUUGGCUCAAUUCUGGGACCCUCUCUAAUAAAUCCUUUCAUAUAUUGUUUCAGGACCAAGGAGAUCCGAAAGAAAUUAUUUAAAUUGAUUUCAAAAGCUAUAUUUGCUGAAAAAAGAAAGCAAUACAUUUAA